GCGAUCAGAAAAACUUUUCAAAACUUUGGCCAGCUUCUGUCCCCCCGACGCGUAGUUCCCGAUGGUCCGCCCCGGGCAAGGCUCGGGGCGCCCCCUCCCCCUCCCCGCCUCCUGUGAGGCGCGCGGAGCCGCCGCCCCCGUUGAGGGUCUCACGGGCUGACGGGCGGGCUGGCGGGCGCGCAGCUAGUGGCCGCCGCCGCGGUAACCGUCCGCCUGCUCGGGCUCUGCCCCACGGCCUGCCCCGCCGCAGCAUGGACUACCUGACCACGUUCACGGGCAAGAGCGGGCGCCUUCUGCGGGGCACGGCCAGCCGCCUGUGGGGCUUCGGGGGUGGCGGCGAGGCCCGGCAGGUGCGCUUCGAGGAUUACCUGAGGGAGCCCGCCCAGGGGGACCCCGGGUGCGGGGCCCCGCCCCACCGGCCCCCGGCGCCGUCCAGCCCGGAGGGACCCGACACUGGCCAAAAGAAGACCCUAGACAAGAAAGAUGGGAGACGAAUGUCUUUUCAGAAACCUAAAGGCACUAUUGAGUAUGCUGUUGAAUCAAGGGAUUCUUUGAAUAGUAUAGCCCUGAAAUUUGAUACAACGCCCAACGAACUUGUUCAGUUAAAUAAGUUAUUCUCCCGAGCAGUUGUUACUGGACAGGUUUUAUAUGUUCCUGAUCCUGAAUAUGUCUCCAGUGUUGAGAGCUCUCCAUCUCUAAGCCCCAUAAGUCCUCUGUCACCAACAUCGUCUGAGGCUGAAUUUGAUAAGACCACUGUACGUAUCCUUGCUUUUCAAAGAUAGCUUGAAGAAAUCUCACUGUAUAUGUAUAUAUCAUCAUGGUUUUUUAAUCCUACUUUGACUAUGGUUAGAAAGAAAUUUUUUACUUUUUAUUUUGUUACUUAAAUUUGUAAAUCCCAGUUUUUAGAGUGAAGCAUUCUUAUUUAAACCAGGCAGCUUCAAUUGACUUACUA